CUUCUCAUAUCACAACAAACCAUAUCAAAACAUAUCUCAAUCCAAAUCAAAUCACAACCCCUCUCUCUCUCUAUAACAAACUCAUCAACUCAAAACCGUUACAACAAACAACAUCAAUGGAGAUUGAGAAAAACCAACCAUUGGUAGCAAAAAAAGUAUGGAAAACACUACGCAUAGUUUUGUUCAUGUUAACAAAAGGCAUAGCCAAAAGCAAAAUGGUAGCAGAACUAAAUCUCUUGCUAAAACGCGGCAAAGUCGCCGCUGUUAAAGCCAUAGCCAACACUCUCACUCUCCGCCACCAUUCCACCGCCGCCUCGUUCGUCUCUCCUCACGACUACGAAUUCAGUUGCAGCAACAGCCCUGCCGUCAUUAAACUCCACAGCAAAAUUAAAAACCACCGUCAUCACCACCACCACCAGAACGAUUUUUCUACCGUUCAGAAGGUUCUAGAGAUUCUCAAUGAUGUUGACGCUUCCUCAUUUCCUUCUCCAAUGGUGACAUUUCCUGGAUUUGGAAAAAGUCCUAUCGGGAGAAAAAUCAGAAUCACAGAUUCGCCAUUUCCUCUGAAGGAAGAAGAAGGUGACGACCAUAGCCAUGUUGACGUUGCAGCUGAAGAAUUUAUUAAAAGGUUUUAUAAAAAUCUCAAUUUGCAACAGAAAUUAGCAGCAAUUCAAUCACCUUACAAUAACUCCCGCUAUAGAUAGAACAUUUAUCGAUUGUUCCAGUUAAAUCUAAACCGUUGAAUUGAACUCGUACUCAGAUUUAAUUCAACGAAUAAGAUUUAACUGAAACUAUAAUCCAAAAAAAACUUUUUAUUUUAGUAUAUGAUAUUUAUAAGCACCUAUUACAUUUUACUACUUGGUCAAGUAAAAUGUCACAUGAAUCUUAUAGCAUGUGAUUUAAUUUACUAUGAUGUUGUGGUUUUUUUAUUUAACCCCCUCUUGGAUCAUGGAUUUUCAAGAUGGAGAGGUGUUGGUGGUGCUUAUGCUGUUUUUUUUUAAGUCACACUAUAGUUUUGGUGUUAUGUAAAGCUCUGUUUUUAUUUUAUAAAUAUCAUAUAUUUGUAUAUAUUUUUCCA